UUCGCGUUCUCCUCCUGCUCCUCCUCCGUCUCGUUCGAUCUCUCUGCUCCCCUUCGACUCCGUGCUUCUCCACCACCCAAAUCGCCCCCCGAGUCUUCUUCUUCGUUUCUCGGGUCCCUUAUUCCCUCGCAAAAUCGGAUCUUGUUCGGUUUUUUCUCGUCAGAUCCCUGCUUGCCGCGCUUCGGCAAGUGGUUGAUCCAUCAAUGCCGUGCCUCGAGCUGUAGAAGCGGACCUUGUCGCUGCGCCUGGAUGAGGAGAGGUAUCAUGCACGGUGGGACCGCGGCGGAGUGACGAAGGGCUCCUGGCUGGCGGCAGACGCGGAGAUGGAGACCUCGGGGGCGGAAGAGGAGGAGGAGGCGGCGGCUGCGGGACCUGCGCAGAUGGUGAAGGUGAAGCGGAAGAUUUUGGCCUCGUGCUUGACGUGCCCCAUCUGCAAUAAGCUCAUGCGGGACGCCACCACCAUCUCCGAGUGCCUGCAUACGUUUUGCAGGAAUUGCAUAUAUGAGAAGCUCGAUGAAGAAGAGACAGAUCGCUGUCCUGUGUGCAAUAUUCAUCUAGGGUGUCUUCCUGUAGAAAAGCUCAGAGCUGAUCAUAAUCUGCAAGAUUUGAGAGCAAAGAUAUUUCCUCUAAAGAAACUAAAAAAUGGAGCAUGUGAUAGUAUCUCUUCCAUUACAUUACCUGUUAGAAGAAAAGAAAUUUCUCUUUCUUCAUUGGUGGUGAACACUCCAAAAGUAACUACGCAGACAGGUUCAACAGGAAGGAGGAAAAAAGCACUUGGCAAUAAAGAUGCUACAUUUCAUGGUAGUGGAUCAAUAUCCUGUAAAAAUGAGAAUGAUACCACCAAUAAGUUUGUGAAAAAAUCAAACUCAAAUGGGAAUUCAAUCAAGCAGGCCUUGAGCUGCAGACAGGCUUCUUCAAAUUCAAAAACUCCCUAUAAUAAUGCUAAUAAACAUACAGAGAAUGGUGACAAAGCUAUCCAGGAUAAUGGAGAGCUCUGGAAACCUUUGAAUUGCUUAGUUGAAGCUGCAAAUAGAACAAAAUCAUUUAGGUCAACUCCACAGAAUCCUAUCAUUAAGGCUGAGAAAAAAGAACUUUCUGAUGGCGACACAAAUAGAAACAAAACCAUAAUGGAGCAUCUUCAUGAUUUCAAAGCUCAGGAUCAGAAGAAUGACAAUUUUCAAACAGUUCGUAUGAAAGUUAAGGCCAGAAGUUUGAAGGCAGUUAACCAGAAAAAGAGUAACCUUGCUAACUCCACCCAAACACUGCCUGAUGCUUUUAAUGCUCGAAGUGAUAAGAGGAUAACUCCAUUGUGGUUUUCCUUGAUUGCCUAUUUUGACCAGACUGGAGACUCCGCAUUGCCCCAAAUAUCAACUAAUUAUUUGAGGAUAAAAGAUGACAGUAUCCCUGUUUCUUACAUUCAGAAGUACCUUGUCAAGAAGCUCAAUCUUUUCAGUGAAGAUGAGGUCGAAAUAACAUGUCACAAUGAACCACUGAUGCCCACAAUCUGUCUGCACAAUGUGAUCGAACAGUGGCUACAAGGGGCACGGCUAUCGCAGAGGCUACCAGCAGUUAUCGGCGCGUCAGCCAAAGAGUUCGUGGUGACGCUGGGUUACAGGCGGUCCAAGACUGAGCUCGAGCCAUCGGCACUGAGAUAGAACUUUGCAUUCAAGAUGGUGAAGAAGAGCCUUGUUUUCGCAUCUGCUGGCUUCUUGUUUUCACAUAUUGUGUGUUAGGCAUGAUUCAAUGGUUGAUAAAGUAUUCUGAUUCAUACAUGUAGCAUUAAAGUGGUGUUGUCUUUCUAAUUAGAGGGGGCAAAUGAUGCCAUCCUAACUUUUUUUUGGUUAAAUUUUGAUAGAAUAUCUUGUGAUUUAGA